AUGGCCAGUCGUCAAUCGAGAUUAGAGGCAGAAAAGCUCGCCAUUAUACAAAAUUCCAUGUCCAGAGGAAGAUCUUUGUCACCUGGUGCUGCAACAGGUAGUGGUGGAAGAGGUUCUUUCAAAAGCCGCUCGCCUUCCAUUUCAAGGGAGGAUUACAACGGGAGGUUGAAGUGGUCAAUAACAAAUCAUGACCCCCUGGAACGGAUCAAAAGAGGAGGAGAUGCAAACGAGUCUAAUGCAUGGGAGGAUGAGGCAAGUGAAGAGGAACACAUCAGUGAUGACGAUAACAAUGAAAAAUUUCAGUAUGAUGACACUGGAAAUAUUUUGCCCAAUUAUGCGUGCCAGGAUGAGAUGAUCAAUGAAGUCAGUUCCAUUUUAGAAAAUUCUAAUUUGAAUGAUAGGUCCACAGUAAAAAAGUUGGAAGAAUUGACAGCCAGCGAGCGAGCCCUUGCAGCUGCAAAAAAUGCUGGAACAAAAAUAGAUCCGGAUGUAUUGAUUAGACUAGCAAAUGAUAAACACAAACUCACGGGACUGGAGCAGUUGAAUUUGAUUCAAGCAGACCAGGAUGUUGAAUCUAGAAGACAAAAAUUAGAAAAUUACCAAGCUUAUAGGAAGAAAAUAAUUGAACAAGAGAAUGGAAAUGGGCAUGAAGCAGCCUCUAAAACCGAAGGAGACUUGAACCCACAACCUCAGACCAAUAAAGAUAACAAGGAUGGCACCAAUGGUGACGACUUCAUGGUUCCAUAUACAUCAGCUGUGGAGGAUAAGCUUGACAGUGAAUUUGCCUCACAACUAAAUGAAACUAUACGUGAAGGUGAAGUCGAUUCCGACAAAACACAUUCCAGGGUCAUCCAAACAAUCACUAGAGGAAAUUUUUUUCAAUUGGUGAACCCCAAAGUGAAGCCAAAGAUGUUCUUGUUGUGUAUGGAUUUUUCUCCCGAGUCUAUUUUUGCGCUCGAGUGGUCUUUAGGUACGGUUUUGGUAGAUGGGUCAGUAUUGUUCAUCAUAUGCGUGAUUGAGGAUAACGACCCAAACCAUCAUUUGAAAGGAAAUACUUCGAACGAGAACCAACGUGAGCAGCAACGUCUUAAUAUGUUGAAUAGGGCCAGACAGCAAGUACUCAAUUUGUUGAAGCUUACGAAGCUACAAAUUCAUGUUGUUAUUGAAAUAGUCCAUCAUCCUAUUCCAAGACAUUUAAUUUUAGAAUUUAUUGAUAACUUAAAACCUACCUUGGUUGUUGUUGGCUCAAAAGGACAAAGUGCCAUUAAGGGGGUAUUACUUGGUUCAUUAUCCAACUAUCUUGUGACAAAGUCGACCGUUCCCGUCAUGGUUGUGCGUGAAAAAUUGAAGAAGAUUAACAGAUUCAAGUCUGGAUCAUCCGUGUUUUCCAAUAAUAUUAAGCCAUUAACUUUAUCUGAGGCUAGAAUUGAUUAG